AUGGGCGAUCGCAGACCUAGACACCGUCAUAAGGACGCAAAGGUCGAACUAGACACGCUAACCAGGCAGAUACUGCACGAGAUAACAGAUGUAUUUGCACUGAACUGCAUCAAGCCCUGGCAAGCCGACGAAGCACAAGCUCACUCUAUAGGAACCAUCAAAGCACAGGAUUUCGUAAACGUGGCGAGGCAGUUGGGAUGCGUAUUCACCGCAGCGGAGGAUAGAGCGAUCAGACGCCAGUUGGCAAAACAUAAAAUAGAGUACAUCAACGUCGACCAAUUCGUGCAACUCAUCAACAACAAAAUCGUACAGGAUCACGUUGACAUCCAACACGAACCGGCAACCACACCUAAUCAGCUUAUUGUGCCGAAGCUGGAGGAGCUAUACGACGUGCUAGAUUGGCAAAAACAGGACAAACUCACCACCUCUGAUCUGAAACACUUUCUUGCUGCGCCAAACAACGGAGAGUUCGACCAAAAGGUGCUUGAAGUGUUACUCAAACACGAAAAUAUCAAGUUCAAACGCAAUAUCAACAAAGAGGAGUUCGUUAAACUAUUCAAACCGGUAGAAGACACCUCAUACUUGUCGCUCAAAAUAGUGCACAAAUGA